UUCGAGCCAUGCUACCAACACAUCAAAAGCUUGUUGUUUUUCGCUUUCUUUCAUGCACUUAUCGUAUCGUUUGGGAGCCCAGCUACGCUAGUUUGGUUUGCUGUCAUAUUGCGCUUGUCAUUUAUGAUUGAUUUGUGUUUAUACUUGAGCGAUUGAUUGGUUUGUGCUUUGCUCCAUAAGUUUUAUUGUUUAUUUUAGAACAAAGAUAAAAUGGAUCAAACUCAACUUCUACCAGCUAUUGCUUCUGAAGUGGCUACUUUAAUGAUGCUUCUUAUUGAAGAGGAGGAAGAAGAAAAUCAACAGGAAAUCGAAAGGCGCUGCUGGAUGACCGAUCUCUUCCUGGAGCGGGAAAGUGUGUGGAGCCGGUUGUUUCGGGCAAUUGACGGAGAAGGACCAAAUGACCAGCUCAAUAGCUUUCUAAGGGUGAAUAAGGAAGAAUUUUACUAUUUGCUCUUACGGAUUGGUCCUAAAAUGACCAGGGAAGACAUGACGAUGAGGGUAUCGAUAUCUGCCAAACAGCGGUUGUGCAUCGGCCUGCGCUUUUCAGCCUCUGGAGAUUCAUAUAAAUCGCUUUCUUUUUUGUUCAGGGUUUCUUGCUCAUCCGUAUCCCAAAUCGUUCGUGAAGUUUGCACGCUUUUAAUCGAUGAAUUGAAGGAGUAUGUUAAGUUACCGUCUAAUGCUACCGUCUAAGAUCUCAAAAGUCUUUGAAGAAAAAUGGAAUUUCCCCACGUAAUAGGGUCCAUUGAUGGAAAACAUGUGACGUUAAAACAGCCUGAAAAUACUGGAAGCCAAUUUUUCAACUACAAACAAAACUUUAGCAUCGUGCUGUUGGGUAUAGUGGACGCAAAUUGAAACUUUAUUUUUGCUGAUGUCGGUUGUCAAGGGCGUAUCUCAGAUGGAGGUGUCUUAGCAAACAGUGCUAUAUAUGAAAGGCUGGAACGACGGGAGUUAAAUAUACCUGUUCCUGAAAUUUUGCAAAUUCCCUACAACAUCGAGGUGCCAUAUUUCUUUUUGGGUGAUCAAGCCUUUGCAUUUAAAGAAUAUUGCCUUCGACCUUUCAGCGGAAUGCAUGCAGCAAACUCAAUUGAACGUUUGUUCAAUUACAGGCAUUCACGCGCUCGUCGAACAGUUGAAAACGAUUUUGGUAUUGAUGCAAAGGUGUGGAGAGUUUUGGCAAAACCUAUGGAAUUGGAACCAGAUGUAGCGGAAAAAGUUGUCCUUGCAACAAUACAUCUGCACAAUUUCAAACGCAGACAUCUACUUUGGAACUAUAAUUCAACAUUUCUUGCACGCUCUAGAAAUACGGCAUCUACAUCUGAAGAAUCUAACGUUGAAUCCACUAUUUCAAUGUUACCUCUUCGACAUGUUGCUUUGAGACCGACUAGAGUGUUGCAAAACAUGCGAUUGCACUUGGCGCGGCAUUUGAAAUUAAACGAUCCACUUCCGUUUUUUCUACCACAGCCUCGUAGAAUAAUUUAAUGUAAAAUUCAACCGGCAACCAUUACCAUUCUACAUACACACUUUUUUACUUACACUAUUAAGCGUUCGACGCGGAACAACUGUGUCGUGCAGAAACGACAUGGCUUCGUAGCUGUACCAUACAUCCUGCAAGAUUUUGCUGGCGCCUAAAAAACAGUAUCAA